AUGGAAGAAACAACAGCAACCAUCAUGGCUUCACUUUCAACCCUCACUCCAUCUCACCUCACACAUCUCACUAACUCAAUUCUCUCGUCAACUCGCCGCCACCACCGCCGUCUCACUUUCCUCCUCUCUUCCCCAACUCUCUUUUCACUAACCCUUCAUCACCUCCACACUCUCUCUCUCCCCCAAAAGUCUCUCCUCAUUUCCCGCCAUCUUCUUUCCUCUCUCCACCUCCUCACUCGCCACAUCCAAUCAAACUACGCCACGUCACCUAAACCGCUUCCACCUCCAAUCUCAACCUCUUUAACAGAGCGUGAACUCGACGCAGUUUUGCUCCUUCUCAUGCUCUGCGAAACACAUAAACAUAACCCCGAAGCACUUAACGCACCGUUUUGUAAUUGGAGGGUGAAUUUAAGAAAUAUUUUCUCCGUUACAUUGUUGACGGUUUCUUCUUAUUCUGCGCCGCCGCUUGGUGCUUGUUUGGGAUCUGUUUUGAUUCCGUUUGUUGAGAUGGUGAGUCGGUGUUGGAGAUUGGUGGGAGUUUUGGGUUGUGACGGUCGUGAUGAAGGGGGGAAGGGAGUUAAGGAGGUGGCGGCUUCGGCGACGGUGGUGGCGAACAUGUUGCGCAUUAUCAUGGGUUGCUCGUCGGUUGAGGCAAUACAUGUUAUGUCAUACAACUUGGUUGAUGUCUAA